CACACAGGAGCUGGCUGCGGACACUGACCAGAGCCGGAGCUGUAGUCGCCUGGUAGAGAGAGGCCCAGCCUGGCAUUGGGGAAAACUGAGGCAGGGGUGUGGCCUUGGAGACUGAUGGUCAGGGCUGGACCUACCUGGACCGGGGUGCUGUCCUCCAGCUGGGUCCGCUAUGGUUGCUGGUGUCUGGGUGGGAGUCUGACCUGGGGGCUUAGGGCUGAUGCUGGGGGCCUCAGUCCUGCCGUCUGACUACCUCCGUGAACACACCAGGCCUGUUGCCUGCGAGAGCAUGAGUGAACAGGAGAAGGAAAUGGAGGAGGACGAGGGAGGCAGCACUUCGGACACAGCCCCCAUGCUGCCGGAAAGGGUUCCUGACGGCCAGGCCUCAGCCUUGAUGUCCCCACAGUGGGUAGGCCUGGUGGUCCGAGGCCUUGGGACCCUACUGCUGCCUGGCCAGGCCCUGGCUGGACUCCUGCUGCACCUGCUGCUGCCUGCAACCGUGUUCCUGCUGGCCCUUCUGCCAGCAGCUGCCAUCGUGUACCUGGGAUUCCUGUGCCACUCGAGGGUUCACCCGGCGCCCCGCUCCGCGUGCCGCGCACUGCUCUCCGACAGAGGUUCCGCGGCGCUCAUCGUUCUCGGAUUCCUUUCGCUGCCUCCGCUGCUCGUGCUUGCCUCGGCCGCCCGCACCCGCCUGGCCCGGCGUCUCCGCCCGCUGCUACCGCCCCCAGCUUGGACCCCUGGAUCCCGCCGCCACCCGGGGUCCAGCGACCGUGGGCGGGCGGGACGCCACACCGACGGGGAAGAGCAGUUCUGUGCCUGGGUGUGACUCCCCGCCCAGAGGUCUCUCCAAAGGACACGACCUCCGAAUCCCGCGAGGCACCCGAACUCCUCCCCCCGUGACCCUCAUUAAGGCGGCCCCAGGCCGGCAAGCUCGGGGUCUGCGUCCAGGUUCCAUCCUCGGAAAUCGCGGGCAUACCACGGGGCUUCGUGCGCAGUGCUUCGAGUGGCCGCGAGAUGGCACCUGAAUUCCCGGAACCCAGGCCCGCCCUUCCCCAAGGUGUCCCCACCCCCGCAGUCCCCUCUGACGCGGAGAGGCUGGGAAGCCUGGAGAGAGGAGGGAGAUGCCUCCCAGAGAAGGGGCGCAUGGCCGGGCUCAGAGAAAGGUGGCCUUCCUGGCUUUUGUCACUGGCUGCCCUGGGCUCCUGCUCCCUCCCAAAGGGCAGCCCUUAGGGCCCCAUGUCUGGUCGGUCAGCGGGCCUCCAGAGGGUUCCAGAAGUGGUGAGACUUGCCUGGGAGGCUUCCACAACCGGCCCAAGAACACGGUUCCAGAAGUUUAGCGAUGGCCAGCAGCCCCAAGGCUUGCAGGGCUCAGCCUGAGAUGGCGGUCAGGGUUAGCGUUUAGAUAGGUGCCAGAUUAAGAAAGCUGUCUGUUCUUUCUGGAUAAUUGUAAGGUCUUUGUCUUUUGCAAUCUUUGGCAUUAGCAUGUUUCUAGUCGUGGAUAUGUUCUUACUUGUCCAUUCGGUGUACACUGUGUUUCCUGUUCCUACAGAUUCAUAUCUUUCAUCAGUUCUGGAGACUUCUCAACCGUUUUCUAGGUCUCCAAGUCUGCCUCCUGGUUCAUUGUACCUAGUCUUUCUGGGGACACCUUUCUGGCUUCACCUUUUCCCUUCUUCCAUGUCAGUUCUUCUCUUUCUGUUUCCACCUCCUGUCUCUGCUGCGUUCUGGGUGAUUUCUUCAUCUUCUUUCAGCUCACUAAUUCACUGCUUGUGUCCCAUCAACUCAUCCAUUCAAUCGUAACUUAUUUUAUUAUCAUAUCUAAAAGUCAUACUUGCUUUUUUUUAUUCAAAUCUCAUCAUUUUUUAUGGUAUCUUCAUGCAUGUUCAAUUUUUGGAUUCCAGCUUUGCUUCAAUUUCUUGAACAUUUCACAUACAGUUUUUAAAUAUUCUGUACCUAACAAUUCCAGUUUUUUACUUUUGGGGGGUCCAAAUCUGUCAUUUGUUGUUUCUGCUGAUUCUCAUAUUGUUUCUUUGAAUGGAUCCUCAUUUUUAACUGUCAGCUCAUACCUGUAAAAAAAAUUUUUUUUUUUAAUGUUUGUUUGUUUUUGAGAAAGAAGAGAGCUCAGGCAGGGGAGGGACAGAGGAAGGGGAGACACAGAAUCUGAAGCAGGCUCCAGGCUCUGAGCUGUCAGCACAGAGCCCCAUGCAGGGCUUGAACUCACAAGCUGUGAGAUCAUAACCUGAGCUGAAAUCAAGAGUUGGAUGCUUACUCAGCUGAGCAACCCAGGCGUCCCGGACUCUUUGUGGUUUUUUUUAAUGUUUGUUUGUUUAUUUAUUUAUUUAUUUUAAGUUGUGCUCUUUUUUUUUUUAAGGUUUAUUUAUUUACUUUGAGAGAGGCAAAGACAGAGAGAAAGGGAGAAUCCCAAGCAGGCUCCACACUGCCAGCACAGAGCCCAAUGCAGGACUUAAACUCAUGAAUCAUGAGAUCAUGACCUGAGCCGAAAUCUAGAGUCAGAUGCUCAACGGACUGAGCCACCCAGGCACCCUGUUUAUUUAUUUUUGAGAAAGAGAGAAGUAGUGGGGGAGGGGCAGAGAGAGAGAGGGAGACAGAAUUUGAAGCAGGCUCCAUUCUAUCAGCGCAAAGCCCGGCAGAGGGCUCAAACCCUCCAACCGUGAGAUCAAGACCAGAGCAGGAAGUGGAUGCUCAACCGACAGCCCCCCCCCCCCCCACCCCGGGGCGCACCAAUGCCUGUGAAAAUUCUGAGGACACACCCCUCCAGAGGAGAUUCCUUUUGUGAGGCAUGCCCCCUCUGGGCCCUGUGAGGGUCCUGUGCAGGCUUCCGUAAUUGCCCGUGCACCUCUCCUUUCCUGUGUCCAGGGACGUCCUGCUUUCCCAUCUGUUUCCUUUCAUCAUCCUGGGUUUCUGCUCGUUACUCUUCUGUUUAUUUAUUUCUUUAUUUUUAGUGUUUUUAAUCUGAGGGGAGCCUUGAAGAUAGAUACUUCCUUGUAAGCCCAGCAGUGUAUUAAAAAUGUUUCUUGGG